CAUGGGGCAGAAUCAAGAUAAGGUGGAGGAUGAACAGGCCAGCGGUGGAGAAGCGGAGGAGAGGGGGCCCUGCAUCGACCUGGAGGAUGCAAGUGGGGGCACGGGCGUUGCCAUGGAGGGAGGAACCCCCCGUGAGGAGGCCGGUAAUGCCGGGGAGGAUCCAGGGAAAGCAGCCGCUGAGAAUCUGGAUGAAGGCCCAGGCAGCGAGCCAACAACACCUUCGGCAGAGAAAAACCUUAGCACUCAGAAAAGGGUGAGUCCUUCCAUGAAGGGGGAGGUGAGAGAGGAAGGGGCUGGAGGAGAGGAGGGAGGCAGGACUGCUCUACUGACUCCACAGGAUCCGGACAAUAGCCAGAGCCCAGAGAGUCACACACAGAGUGAGGUGAAGGCCAGAAUACCCAGACAAUCCACCCAAAACGAGAGGGAUAAGGAGAAGAAGGAGGGUAAAACUGCCAAGAUGUACCGUCGAGAUGAGAGAACAGCUCCACAUCAGAAAAACCCGGAAGAAAACCUCUGCUCUGCUUUAGGGGAAGUUACUGGGCAGAUGUAUAAUCCAGCUGUGGAGAAAACUGAUGCCACUGUUUCAAUGGGUGAGGCCACCAUGGAAUACAAGAAGGAGGGUUCUGUAGAAGUUGGCAUGGGUGGGACUAAUACGGGAACUACUGAUGACGUCGAACAAGAGGGAGGAAGAAAGAAGUUGCCUGUUCAGAAAGACCAGGAAAUGAAAAAUGGAACCUCCGAGGCAGUUGAGGAUGAAGACACCGAGUGCACUGAUGGAGCUGUAGUUGGUUUGAGAGAACUGAAGGGUCCCUGUAAGACUAAACAUCAAUCAUCAUUGAAAAAGACCAAAGUGAAAAAGUGUCUGUCAGUUGUGGGUGGGACCUUGAACCAUGACCAUCCAACAGUGGGAAAGGUAAAGCCACAUGACAAUGAAAACAAGGGUGACAUUGAGAAAGAGAAUAAAGCGUCAGAGGCAGCAAGAUGUGACAUCAAGUCUGGCCGGAAUGAUAAUCACAAACAAAGUGAGCUGGACAGGGCAGGAUCCCCUACAGUUGACCCUCCCAAUCAAGGGGACAAAGAAGACCUGUCCAUGGUGCCUACAGUAGGGCCAAGCUCUAUUUUGGAGAAGCUACUGAAAAGAAACAAAAAUGAGGCGUCUCCAGAUCUCUCCAAAGUUAGAAAUGUGGUCUCUGUGUCAAGGGACCAGUCUGACGACCAUGACCAGCUGAAAACAUCUGAGACAAAGCCUCCUCCACAGGGUGUUGAGACAGUGGCGAUAUCAACACCAAUAUCAGCAGUGAAGGAAACAAAACCAAAACAUGUCGUAAUGAAAACAACACCAAAAUCAUCUGCUGAUGUUGCAAAGACAGCUCCAUCAGAUAAAAAUAUCCCUGAAUUACAGUGCGAUGUUGAGGAAGAAACCAUGUCGUCAUCAUCCUCUGUAUGUGCAACAGAGAGACCCCCUGGAGCAGAAGUUAACACCAAGCCCUACCAUGAGGAGGAUCAUCCACAAAGUCUGACAAAGAGUGAGCAGGCAGGGAAAACUGCUCAGGACUCCACAGAUAGAUGUCUACCAGCUUCACUUCUAGAGACUGAAUCUGUCACUGAGCGAGAAGCGAGGACAUCCUCGCCAAUGGAUGAAGCUGACUGUAAAGAUUCAGAGCAGGAUUCAGCAACAACAGUUGCCUCGCACCAAAACGAGGAGAAGACGAUGGAAAAUAACCCCCCAGCUGAAACGCAGUCACCAGAGAGCUCACAGAGUCCACAUGUUGAGGACAGGCCCUCCUCGAGGAGUGAUGUCAUCGCAGAAAAACCUGCAUCUUCCUCAGUGUCUGAGGUCAUUACUGAGUCUACAGAGUCUACAUCCUGCAACAAAGAGGAUGAUCAAACCACAGAGCCCCUGCACAAAAUGGAUGAAUCCCCCAGCACUAUCCCUGUCACUGAGAUUCCUCCAUCACAAACAGAGAAUAUCACUGCUGGGAAAACAACACCUAGCCUAUGCACCUCAGAGGCCUUGGAUGAUGAUUCUAUGGAGGAGGCUAAGACCAAUAAGGACCCUCGUCAAAUUACAGACAUCCCAGUUGUAGUGAUAGAGGCUACCCUUGCCUCGGUAGGAACUGGGAUGGCUCUAUCAGAAGAAAGCCAAGGGAGUAUGGAUGAGAAGCUUCAGUCUCAAAAUGAGACUUUCAAAACAGAGCCUCUGUCACAGCAAGUCACAGAGCGCACCACUGCAGUACAUUAUGAUGAAAAGUCUACCCAGGACAACGACGAAACUGCCUCAGAGUGUGACAAACACCAGGAUACUCCUAAAUCGAGGCCUGUUUCUGAACUCAUAAAGGAGAACAUUCUACUACAAGAAAAGCUGAAGCAUCCAGAUUUGACAAAGCCAUUGGAAGCAAAGCCUGAUUGGGUUUCGGAGCAAGCCCAGUCUGUGAAGGUGGCUCAAAUGUUGGCGGCUUUUGACUUCCCCAAGAAGUCCCCAGAGAAGGCACUGGAGAGGAAACCAUCUGUGAGAAAAGAUAUGUUCAGGCGAGUUGUACGAGCGAGCAAAUUCCGUCAUGUCUUCGGCCAGGCGCUGAAGAAUGACCAGUGCUACGACGACAUCAGAGUAUCGAGGGUCACAUGGGACAGCUCGUUCUGCGCCGUCAACCCCAAGUUUGUCGCUAUCAUCAUAGAGGCCAGCGGAGGCGGGGCCUUCCUGGUCCUCCCUCUUCACAAGUCGGGCCGCAUUGACAAGGCCUACCCCACAGUGUGUGGUCACACGGGCCCUGUACUGGACAUCGACUGGUGCCCCCACAAUGACCAGGUCAUCGCCAGCGGCUCGGAGGACUGCACGGUCAUGGUGUGGCAGAUCCCUGAGAACGGGCUGGUUACCGGCUUGUCUGAGCCUGUGGUGGUCCUGGAGGGACACUCCAAAAGGGUUGGCAUCAUCACAUGGCACCCCACGGCACGCAAUGUCCUGCUCAGUGCUGGCUGUGACAACCUGGUCAUCAUCUGGAACGUGGGGACGGGCGAGGCCAUGAUCCAGUUGGAGGACAUGCACCCUGACGUCAUCUUCAGCGCCUGCUGGAACCGCAACGGCAGCCUCAUCUGCACCGCCUGCAAGGACAAGACCAUCCGCGUCAUCGACCCCCGCAAGGAAGAGAUUGUAGGGGAGAAGGAGAAGGCACAUGAGGGGGCGCGGCCCAUGAGGGCCAUCUUCCUGUCGGACGGGAACGUGUUCACCACAGGCUUCAGCCGUAUGAGUGAGAGACAGCUAGCCCUGUGGAACCCGCAAGCCAUGGAUGAGGCCAUCUCAGUGCAUGAGAUGGACACCAGCAAUGGAGUCCUCUUGCCCUUCUAUGACCCAGAUACCUCUGUGGUUUAUCUGUGUGGUAAGGGUGACAGCAGCAUUCGCUACUUUGAGAUCACGGACGAAGCCCCAUUUGUCCACUACCUCAGCACCUUCACUACCAAGGAGCCCCAGAGGGGAAUGGGAUACAUGCCCAAGAGAGGCCUGGACGUCAACAAGUGUGAGAUCGCCAGGUUUUAUAAACUGCACGAAAGGAAGUGUGAACCGAUCAUCAUGACUGUGCCAAGAAAGUCUGACCUGUUCCAGGACGACCUGUACCCAGACACGGCAGGACCAGACUGUGCCAUUGAGGCGGAGGAUUGGUUCGAGGGGAGGAACGGCGAGCCCAUCCUCAUUUCCUUGAAGAACGGUUACGUCCCUGGCAAGAACCGCGACCUCAAGGUGGUCAAGAAGAACAUCCUGGACAACAAGCUGAGCAAGAAUGCGGAGAACACGGGCACAGUCAACAAGUCUGCCUCAUCCACACCAUCCAUAAAAAACGAAGGCAAGCUGGAAGAGAUCUUGAAAGAAAUCAAAUCCCUCAAGGACCUGGUCAGCAGUCAGGAGAAGCGAAUCAUCCAACUCGAGGAGCAGAUGUCCAAGAUUGCCAUUUAAGGACCCUCCCCUCGCCCCGCCACAAUUCAGGACGAUCCGUUGGCUGGGAGGUGGGCGGGACACGUCACUGGCCAUCUAGACGAGUGUUCCGCCUGAAACCUGCCUAGUAACGAUCCCAAGCAACAUUCCGAGAUUAACUUUUUUCUUAGCCAGCCCCUAACCCUCAGAUAAAACAGAUGAAAUAUGGCAAACCAUUCCUUUUAAUAAGCGGCAGUUUAGUUUUGUUUGUAUGAAAAUUCUUACAUAUUCCUUUUAAGAUUGUGACCAAGAGAAUUCCAAUGUGAACAGCUCCUAUGUUUUUAUAUGUAGGUAUCAGUAUUUUGUCUCCCCAAUACCCCCAACUUCUUAUCUUGCCAAAUUUUUAAGCAGUUUUGUUUACACACCACCUUGACAGUAUAUCUUUUUUCUUUUGUUUUCACUUUGUUUUCUGGGAAGAUUCAAAAUCCGAACUAUAAGGGACAAUGCAAUACGCUGGUAAUGCAAGGAGCGGGAUUUCAACAACCCAUCAAAUACUGUAAAAUACAUCAAUGAGAAACUGACUGACAGACCACUAAACACGCAGAGAAAUUGAUCCUGAUGUAUCAUAGAGCGUUUAGAUAUCAAAGACAACAGAAGUACUGAGGUAUACAAGUGGUGACAUGAUUCAUGCUGUAAGUGUUGAGUGAAAGGUUGCCUUUUUUCUUUUUCCUGAAGCUCAACCCUUAACCCUCCCCUCUUAGUGGACUACAUCGUAACGGGGACCACUGUCUACACUUGCUAACAUCGCCUGACCGGAGUUAAUGCAUGCAAUAGAUAUUCUACUCAAGAGAAAUUCUCCAUCUUUGGUCUCUAGCUUGUCUUACUAAGCAAGCAGCAAACAGUCCUUUCAUAUCAUUUGAUACCUUCUAUAACGUAUGUAUGCAUCUAUCGCAGUAAACAACUUGAACAACGUUUUCAUCAUCUCUAUCUAUUUUGUGUCACAGGAACAGAAAGGGUAUUAGUGAACUAGAUAAAAAUGACAGGUUAGAUGUCAUCUGUACUUCUCGUAGCCUUUAGAUUUCACCUUAAACAGGUUUCUUGUUUGGAGUUUACAAUGCACAUGCCCCAAUCCAAAAAUAAUUUUCAAUCAUUUCGGUGACCACUGUGAUCAACAUCGUUAGUUCCAGUCUUAUGAAACAGAAAUUUGUCAUAGUUUGUCAGUAUGUCCCCCCUCCCUCUGGCCCUGUGACACAGAUGGUAUGUAUGUACUGUAAGCUCUGCACUGUAAAUCACAGUGCUACUGACUCAUGACAAUGCAGUCACCUGGGGUGCUUCUUUUGUACAGGUUCGUGUGGCAAUGACCUGUGUGCUACCUAGAGAAGGACCAAUUGAAUUGUGGGUUAUGUCGCUGGUUAACAUUUCCACAUGCUUUUAGUAGUAUAUCAGACUUGUUCUGCCCCUUGAGGUGUUUGUGUGUUGUUUGUGCAGUCAUAAACCCCCAUGUUGAACCAUGCCCUUGUGUUCAGGGUCCGUGUGCUAGGAUGCUCACUAUUCACCAUCUCAUUGGCCCAUAUCUGUACAGCCGACCAGAGUGAGUGACAGGUGUGUCUGAAACUAAAACAAUUUGAUCCUGCUUUGAACCUCUUGUUGGUUGACAACGGACGACAAGAUGUAACGUGGAGAGGCAAGGCUUUCAGGAUGUGCGAAUAUGUGCCUCGUAUUACUUUGGCCUUGUUGGAGUUUUUUGUUUCCCCAGAUAGGGAAUGUGAGAGGGAUUUUGGAUAUUAAAUGGAUUCACCGUAGGGUGUGACCAAGGUUCUGGCCUAUGAUAACAGAAUUAGAUGGUGUGGUGGUGAUGAUAGUAAUUUAAAUACUGUAUGUUUUAGUCUUGCUUCCUUCUCUGGCUCUCCCAUUGCAGAUAUCCCACUAUGUACUUCCUUAGCAGAAUUUUAAAUAGCUACCCUUAAAUACUCUGUCACGUCACUAGAGAAUCAGAGGAACAAGGAGUCGUUUGGAUCAUCUGAAUAUUUGAUGGUGUUGCCAACUACGAUAAUACAGUAGGUUCUGUUGUCAUGCUAUUUUUGUUUAUUUUCCAGGCGGGGUGGGUUAAGGUAUAAUAUUAGCCUUUAAAGUUUGUUACCGCUGAAUAGAUCAGAAAGUGCCGUAGAUGUGUGCACAGGAAGACUGGGUUUGAGAAUGGUGGGAGUUAUUUAGCAGGAUAGGGAGUGAAUGGGCUGCCUGAGUGGCUAGAAAGCACUGAAAUGUACGUUUUCGUCAAUCCUUCUUGGAAUCCAAGUAUCUAAGAUUAUAACCAUGGAUGCAAUUGGACACAGAAAUAUGGAUUGGCCAGGGCCAGGGGAGGUUGUCUUGGGUCCUGUAUGUACAUCAGUGCUUCUCCUGGGCCUCCUUGGACCACUCAAGGCAGUGAGAGCUGUGAUGUUUGGUAUAUUAGUGAAUAGCGAUUCAAAGGGACACGGUAGGUUGGUGAAAUAUGUAGAGAUGUAUGUGAUGUUUUGAAAUAAAGGCCUAGAAUAUGAUUGAAAGCUUUGUAAAUAACAUGACCAUUUAAUUGUAUUUUUCUUUGUACUUUUUCUUAUUCAUUUGUUUUGUUUUUGAGCUGAAAGAGGGUGUUUGUUUAUGGUGGGUUUUAAAUGUUUCCUCUUGUCUGCGUUUCCUGCCCUUGCCAUAAUGCAUCAUGACAGAACAGAAUCUCCAUUCUGUCACCGGUAUUAUAGAUACAAAAAGAGCUAAAUGAAUUACAGAAGAAAAACGAACCAGAAUUCAGCCUCUUGUGGAGGUCUGUUCAACAUUUUUGUUAAUUUCUCCUGCUUCAUGUAUCAACAACUCAUUGAUUAUCAGAAAAAUUAAUAAAGAAAUUAAAAGUU